AUGCAGGACGCAGCGUCGAUGGCUGAGUACCGCAUGGGCGGCAACGCCGCUGAGGAUGAUGUGCGUCGCGAUGUCGCGACCUCAGAGACGAUAAGUGAGGAGCAGGCGAUGCAUCAGAGCGAGGACGAGCUCCUGCACGAGGUGCUGGCGAUGAACACGCUUGCAAUGCAGCGGUGUAACGCAGAGGCGCUGGAGGAGGCCUCGACGAUUCUUAGCGAUGCAUACAUGAAGCUGCACAACCUCUCGUCGCCGGGCAGCGACACGCAGAUCAUGGACACACUGCGCUCCACCACACUCAAUAACCUCGGCGUUGUGGAGUGUCACCGUGGGCAGCACCGCCAGGCACUUAGCCACUUUGAGGCCGCGCGGCAGUUGGAGGAGAAGUGGGGUUCGGCCUCACCAUCCGUUGCGCUGAAUACUUGUGCUGCGUACAACGCUCUGGGAAUGUAUGAUAAGGCGACCGCCGCCGCGAUGGAGACCAUUGACAUGCUGCGCACGUUAAAACUGCAGGAGAAAAACGGCCAUGCGCCAACGCUGCCGGUGCCUGACACUGGGAACCGCUCGCUGCAAGGCACCGGGAUUGCAGUCGCCAAGUCGGACAACAAGGCGCUUUGGGGUGCCGCCUGGCACAACCUGGCAGUUGCGCAAAUCAACACGGCGAGGUACACGAAGGACCCCUCCGAGCAUAGCAACGCAGCGGUGCUGUUUCAAAAUGCGAUGCGAGCAACGCAGGAGCUGCUGGGCAGCGACCACCCGAUGACCAAAAGCGUUACAGAGACGUACCGCACGGUGCGGGACGUCCUACGCUCUUACGGGGUCUACAAACAACACCACACGAUGCUUACUGUUCCACCGCGACCGGUUGACCCUCGCGACGAAGAGGACGAUAUGGAGCGAUAUCUGCGGCAGUGUGUUGGCAAAUCAAGGCGCCGGGCCAAGGAAAAGUUUCACCGUGACCUCACCAUUACCUUCUGUGGCGAGGCCACGCACGGGGCAAAGUUGACGGAACGCCUGGAUCCCAGACCGUACCCAGACGCCGUGGAUGUAGCGUUUCGGUGCAAAAGGAGAAAAAAAAUGCCAAGUGUGUUACGCGGGAUGAUGCUAAGCGGAACCCUUCUGCGGGCUGGCCAGCUCUACGGCAACCCACACCCGCUCCUGUACUCCCUGCCGCCCAACUACAACGCGAUGGAGCCGGAGACGCCAAAGGACGGCCACGUCGUGGGAACCGACACAUUCCCGGGGAUGACCUCCAACCCUCGCGCCGCUGCAUCUGUGAAAAGGUCCCCUGCAAAGCAGCGGAAGGGGAGCCCCACCCAGAAGCCUGCGUUCACCUCCCAAACCCAAUCAGACCCAAAUUUCAAGCGGACACCGCCACGCGAACGACAACCUCCGUUUGCUCACCAGCAGGCCACAGCCGACUAUCAGGAAGACCGAUCCGCGUAUCAGCAGCCUUCACCCAGCUACAAGUCGACUCCACCCAUCCAUGAAGAGGCACCGUCUGAGUAUCAGCAGGCGGCGUCGAAGAACUACCAGCAGACACCAUCUAGCUCCCAGCCGAGGAGGGCACGUAACGGAAACGUCCCAAAGGAUCGGCGAGUGGCCUCGGGAAAGGCUGCUCCACCCAGCAAGGCAAGCUCAGGUUUCAGAGAUUCAGUUGCGGAUCCACAGGUACCUCAAAAAGUUCUUCCUCCGCUGGGGAAGGCUCCAGUGCGAGGCGGCGUCGUCUCAAGGCCAGCGGGAAGGGCUCCCGACGAAGCUGGCAAUGAGAAUCUUCAACCCCGUCGUGCGUCCAAGGGGUCCAUGCCAACGGUGGGGCCUACCUAUGAGCAAGUAAAGUACAUUCUCUUGGCUGAACCUCAGGAUAGCCAGCGGCAACAACGUGGGAGAGUGGAGCAAUGCGUGCAUGACAGCUCUACGGGGCGACCUUCCCUUUUGGUCGAUACAAGCCGGCAGGAAAUGGGCGGUGAGUUGUUGGCACUGACGGAUGGCAGCAAGACCCACCGACUCUUUGAUGCGAUGUGGGUGUCAGGCAAGGAGUCCAUGGAUGCCAGCGGGGCCCGGGCGGUGGGGCGGCCCAGCUACUACGUUUCCUCCGUUCUGGACAUGUCAAAGGAUUCGGUGCUCAUGCCGGAGGAGGUGCUGCAAAUGAUGGUGACAAGUGCCUCCUCCUCCGAGGGCGAUAUCCCACGCAUGAUUGCUACUAGCAGCAUCCACGGCACCGAGUAG